UAUACACUAUACAGAAUGGAGGAAGACGAUGGCCCUUCAGUCAUCAGUAAUAAACCUACCAUUAUUAAAGCAGCGCAAGAAGCAACAGAACAAUUAGAUAUACUGGUAUGUGGACAAUGUCUUUCUAUCUUUCAUUUUUUCGAAGAGUUUCAAGAACAUCGCAUAAAGAAGGGAGCCUGCUUCAAAAUUUCACGUAUUUGUAACACCAACGAUAUUGAACAAAAAGCACAAGUAAGGGCAUUUCUAUCAUGGAAGGAUAUACAAGUCCAAAACAGUUCAGACAAGGAGGCAUCUAACGCUUGGAUAUUGUACCAGAAAUGGUGUAAGAUGGAUACAAAAGUGAAGGAGGCUUGGAUUACAGCAGGAAAAAUUGUACAAACCUUUACAAAAAUUAAUAACGCAAAGAUACAGGAUAUCCUGAUGCAAUCAAAUACCAAUGUCGAAGAUGCCAAACCGAUAAUAGUUCGUAAAGUUGUCAUAAAUAGACAACCGGAAGAAACAGGCGGAAGUAAAAAGGAUUCUGCGAAAUCAUUGGAAACAAAAACACAGAAGAAUGAAUCUAUGGAAAUGGAAGUAGACAAGAAGAAAAAACCAAGACUGAAACCAUUGAUCAAGCCCAAAAUCAAGCCUGGCAAAGCAACUACCAAAAAAGAUGCAGAUCUAAGUAACGAAGAAUAUAAUGUCAAUAAAAUAUUAGCCAAACGUUUUAAUUUUAAAAGAAGAUACUUGAAAUACAUGACCAAAUGGAAAGGUUAUUCAUGUGAAAACAAUACAUGGGUAUCUGCAGAGGCUGUAGCAGCAUCCAAAAGUUUAUUGGAUAAAUUUGAGCGAAGUCUCGCCAAGCAAAAGGAGUCUAUAGCAGCGCAACAGGAGGCUAAUACAAAAGUCGUCGGGCGUGUUAGUUUGCCGUUGCAAAAAUCAGUGAUAAAAGCUGAGACCAGUCAGCCUGGACCAAGUACUGCGGCUCAAGCAGGACGCCCGAUGCGGUCUAAUAAAUCAAAAGCGAUGGAUCAAAUCAAGCGUCACUUGAUGAAAGAUGAAGAGUAUGAAUUGUUAGGUAGAAGGAGGAUCGAUGAUUCGAAGAGCGAUUCGGAAGAAAGAGGAAGCAGUGCCGCAAAGAGAACGAAAGGUGACACGGGCAGUGAUGACGAAUGGACUAGGGAAUCUAAAGACGAAAGGCUAUUGGGCCAUAGCGACGUGAUCCAACGUGCAUUCAAUCACACUAAUGCGCAGUUGAAUAGAUUCAACAGAACCUCGGUUUUAUCUACUGAUCUGGUAACGUUAUUGCAAUCUCCAGAUGGAGCGAAAUCUAGCCAACCGCCUGUUUUAGUGUUUAGGGAUAAGGGGGUUAAAGUCGAACAAAUGCCGAAUUUGACUUCCAGUCUCUACGUUAUGUCUCUAAAAGACGAUAUCAAAUCGAAUUCGUCCCCCAAUCUUGUGGUUAGAACGCAAGAUGUUGUAAUGGUUCAAAAUCGAUGUAAUACAAACGUAAUCACCUUUGAAUGCAAAAUGUGUGGUUACACGUUACAAUACAAAUAG